UUGACAAAAAAAAAAGAUGAUUUUUUAUUGGAGAUGUUUGGUAGAAGCUCUCGUCAUUGGUCGAGCAACCGGUCGGUUUUCACUUUUCAGGAGAAGAAGAAGAAACAAAACCAGAUUCGCCUCUCUCUCUCUCUCUCUGCAAAAUCGAGACGUUGUCGGAAUCGCACUUCUUCUUCUUCUUGUUCAAUCCACAAUCAUUCGAAAUUCAAGAAAGAUGGUGGUGUCGCCAAAGAUAGCUCCUUCAAUGCUGUCUUCGGACUUUGCAAAUCUAGCCGCAGAGGCCAAGCGGAUGGUUGAUUUGGGCGCUGACUGGCUUCACAUGGACAUCAUGGACGGGCAUUUUGUCCCAAAUCUAACCAUUGGUGCUCCUGUCAUCGAGAGUUUGAGAAAGCACACAAGUGCAUAUCUUGAUUGCCACCUAAUGGUGACGAACCCCAUGGAUUACGUGGAGCAGAUGGGUAAAGCUGGGGCGUCUGGUUUCACAUUCCACGUUGAGGUGGCCAAAGAGAACUGGCAAGAACUUGUGAGUAAGAUUAAGUCUGCAGGGAUGAGGCCAGGUGUGGCUCUAAAACCUGGAACACCUGUUGAAGAAGUCUAUCCCCUGGUUGAAGGGGAAACUCCGGUAGAAAUGGUGCUAGUGAUGACAGUGGAGCCUGGAUUUGGAGGUCAGAAGUUCAUGCCCAGCAUGAUGGACAAGGUCCGGGCACUGAGGCAGAAGUAUCCUACGCUAGAUAUUGAGGUGGACGGAGGGUUAGGCCCAUCGACUAUAGAAGCAGCGGCUGAAGCAGGGGCCAACUGUAUCGUAGCUGGAAGUUCAGUGUUUGGAGCUCCGGAGCCAGGGAAAGUCAUUUCCCUUUUGCGGACCAGUGUUGAGAAAGCCCAACCCACCACCUGAGUGCACUGCCCGUUUCUAAUAUUUAUGCACCCACCAAAGGCAAUAAUAAUUUUACGACAACUAUAUUUUAAGAGCUGAAACAUACAAAAAGAAUCGUUCAAACAUUUCCUUAGUAGUUUGAUGAUAUUGCACUUGUGUAAUGGAAUGUUUCGUAUUGUCAAGCAAACUUGGUCUUUUUUUUUAAACACUAAUUAUAUUCAACUUAAACCA